UGAAGAAGAUGAAAAUCAAGAAAAUAAUAUAGAUAAACCAGUUCUGUGGACUUGGAUUGAAAACUAUACACAAAUAUGUAAGUAUUCUUUAGAUAUAAGGAAAUGUUCAAAUUCAGAGUAUUGUUCACAAAAAGGGGUAUCUGAAGUUGCAUCUUUUCUUGAACCGAUAAAUGGAUCUGUAACAUCUUUAACUUAUAAUUUAACUCGAUAUUUUGAACAAAGAACUGUAUUAUAUAUACCAUUUUCAGAUAAUAUGUCUAUAGAAGAACCAUGCUCAAUUGGUCGACAAGAUCAAUCUUUAGUGGGUGAAACAGAAGUAGUAGCUGUUUUGAUUUAG